AUGAGCUCAAUUAACGUGAAUGCGGGUGAAGACCCACAAGAAGAUAUUCCAGUUGAUGCGGAUGGGUACGCAAUCUGCCCUGACUGCCAAAAGGCUAUUAAGUGUGGUCCCGGAGGAUCAAAGAACCUAAAUCUACGCCAUCGAGGAACAGCCAAAUGUAAAGCCGCAGCAGCAAAGCUAUCCACGAAGGCGAAGUUGAAGGACUCGUCACUCAAAGGUUUUUUUAUGAAACGAGGACCAGCAUUAGCUCGUGUACCUACUACAACAACUCUUCCAGUAAUCCUACCCAAAGACACUCCACUUUGCGAGACUACAACAACCGACAAUGUUCUGAGCCAGCCGCCUCCCUCUGUAACCCCAGAACCAUCGUGUGCGCCAACUGUCAAAUGGUUUAAGUCAAAUCUAGCCAAUGCGCUCCAAACACUAGUAGAUGGCUUACCACCCCCAAGCACGGAUAUAGCAUUAGCGGAUAAUAUCCUUUCCGCAUUCCAUACAGACCCAUCAAACUACAAUAAUCCAUUGGUUAGCGAUGAGGACCUGUGGGAAGAAGUCUUGAACCCGCUCUUGAAGGACAUUUUGGGGUGGGGAACCGAGCUUGAUGUUGAAGCGAUAGUGAGAGGGAAUAGGGAUGGAUUAAAUGGUCUCGCACCCUUCGUGGAAUUUUUUGUGGUUUGUCGCCGGGUAGACGAAGCCUUGUUUGAAGGAAAACUAGGACAUUUAAUGUCAGCUUUGCGAGACAGACAAUUAACUAGCACCCGCUCAGUCAUUGAUAUUGACAUGCCACUUGAAUCUGCUAUUAGCUUGAAUACAAGUCCUAGGCCCCAGCCUGUCAAUUUUGUACCUCGUACCCCUGCCGCCAACUCAAUUAGCAACACAUUGGCAGCAUGCAAAGGAUACCCAUUACCUAUCCCACCUGGAAAUUCUCCGCAUUCCACAUAUCCGUUUUCCCUUCACGAUACACUGUCGUUACCGUGGAACUAUGAGGUCAAACAUAACCAAAUGGUGCUGCGCAGUUUCCACUGUAAAAAGUCUGGCAGUCUUGUGCAUUUUGGGAUCUGCUCAGCAUGCCAUGAACUAUCGACAGACGCAACCUUAAAGGGGAUUAUUGACCGUAUGGAGCAUGGAAUUAACGACAACACACCUUACGCGUACUACUCCAUCAAUGGUCUGAAGGCUAAGCUGCGGCAGAAGGAUACAAAGAUCAGCUUUCUAAAACUUCGCGGGAUCAGUCAAGCACGCACAAUAUUACGGAAAACUACAUCCCUGGGCUAUCACAAACGGUUGAUGGUAGCAGUGGCAAGUCGGCGGUAUGGAAAUGUCGAGCGUUUGUUUCAGAUUGCUCUUCGUCAAAAGCGUGGUGUCCCCUACAUUAUAUCAAUGUACGAAGCUGCCGCCUCGAAUUUGUACCGCCCUAAAAGUUUUUCGGAGCACGAUGACAUGUUAGGACUGCUUCUUAUGAAGCUGGGAGGAAGCCGUAUCGCAGGAAUUGCUCACCGUGCACUGGGACUUCCUGGAAUUACAACCCUUCGAAACCGUGCAAUCAUGCCUCCAUUAAUCCCAUCCCCAUCUCAUCCAACUGAAUCCGAGGUCUCAAAAAAUCUUUUGGCGUGUUUCGAAAGCCUUAAAGACGUACUUGCUGGUGUUGAUGUUCUUCAUGCCAACCUGCAGCUUGAUGAGAUCGCUGUUGAACGUCGGAUACGAUGGGAUGACCAUACUAAUGUGUUUCUUGGAGUAUGUCGAGAGCAUGGAAAACAAACAGCACUUGAAUUUAACAGCGAGAGCGACAUGGUGGAGCUUUUUCAGUCGUUGGAUAACGAAGAGGUUCACUUUGCUCGUGAGGCUACCGUUGGCGCAAUUGGAAUUAUGGACCAGGAUACUCGGGUCUAUGCUGCACGUCCAAUUGUUAUCUCUGGAGACUGCAAACAGGAAACUGGAGAAGACCAUGCAGAUUUAAUUCGCACAUUAAUAAACUCCGUGAGCAGCAACAAACUGUCAACAAAAGUACGUGUGGUGUCAAUUGCCUCAGAUGGAGAGACACGUCGUGGCUCAGCGCUGUCGUUAUUGACAUAUCAAAAACCACUGUCAACAUCAUCACCAAUCUAUUCACAACUCUUUAACUUGACAUUUCUGGAUCUGUAUGUGGGCUCCGACGAUAUAACCGCUGACAAGGACUGGAAGCAUGUAAUCAAGCGGUUUCGAAACCUUUUGCUUCGUCCGCGUGGUGUUUUGGUACAUGGAUUCCGAAUAACACCUGCAAUCAUUGGUGUUCAUCUCAAGAUGGCGGAUCUUCCUGCCAUUCAUGUCAAUUCAAUAUGCAAUCCUGAUGAUGAACAGGAUGUUAAACUUGCCUUUGAUCUUCUCAGGGCCAUAUGGAACCUUUCACCUCUGUCUAAUCACAAAAAUCCUGCGGUUGUUGAAGCACGGUCAUCAUUGGUAAUCCUUGGACGACUGUUUUAUCAUACUGUCUUCCCCUACCUGUGUACCGACUUGACUCUUUCCGAGCAGCUAGAGCAUCUCAGUGCUGCUGCACAUCUCGCUCUAGCUUUGUUCCAUGAAUCCGGCUCUCAAUUCAUACCAACCUUGCUCUACACUGAUCUGCAGAUCAUGAUCAAGAACAUAUUUUUCUGUGUUGCCAAAGCAAAGGUGGAUCGACCAGAGUGUCCGUUUUUUAUUGUUCUUCAGGGUACAGAUCGUCUCGAGGAACUCUUUGGAAUCUUGCGGACAAUGGUGGGAAACGAUGCUAAUCUUGAUAUCUGGCAACUUGGCUCGCGUUUAACGGGUACCACACAAGUUUCAAACAUUUUGGCCAAGUACCCUCAUUGGGAUCGAGCACCUCGUCGACUCAAGCUCCCUGCACUAACCCGAGAAAUGCACGAACUCCCUGAUGCGUCCGACCAUAUCAAACCAGCAUCAUGGAAAGGCAAUGUUGUUGUAAACCAGGUUACUCUAUUAACGGCGUGGAAGCGGGGACGAAGACUCGCUGAAAAGGACUGUCCAUUUUCUGGUUCCAUUUUUUCACAGCUCGAAGCAAGCCCAAAUAUCAAUAUUCUUUCACCACGCGGAACUGCUCUUAUCGGGUCUAAUGUGGAGGGCAAUGCACAGGACGAUGAGAGUUUUAACUCUUUUCAACGACCGUCUGCUUUGCGUCAACAAUCCUCCGUAUCUACAGACGACUUGGGACCAUCUAGCCUCACUGAAAACCAAGCCAUUAUUGAAGACGAGUUUUUGGAGUCCGAGCUGCCACACAUUGAUGACGGUUCAAGUUCAUACAUGUCGUAUUCGAUUCUUGAUGGCAAAAAGUUUGCUCGCCGUGUUAUAUAUCAAGGAAAACUGGUUUCCAAAUCGCGGGCUAUUUCACUCCACAGUAAACUUCGUGGCAGGGCGGCUCCAGCAUCUACAGAUCGCUUGCGACGUGUACAGGGAACCGAGCGCUUUUCAAAGGCCAUAGAAUCAAAUGGUGGAUGCACCCACUUGUUGGACGAUUCUGAACUGCUUACAAUUCAAGAUCCUGUAGCUACCUUGGUCAAGUGCGACGGGCACAUAUUUCUGUGCAUUGGUGAAGUUAACAACAUCAAAAUUGUCUCUGAGCCGCCGGUUGAAGCCAUUUCAAUGGAUGACAUUUCUGAAUCCGAUCCGGGUCGAAUUUCUAUCUCUAUUUCAGUUCUAGGCCUUCGUCGUUCCAUUGAAACAGAUGAUCCAUCACUUAUAUGUGACUGGCGGACGUAUCGACCUGCUCAAGAGCGUACAAUUCAUGUUACAGCUAAAGCCAUACUGCCUCUUAAUCCAACAAUUUCGUCGUCAGGUUUAGAACAUAUGUUCUACCUACUUGAAGGCACCUUUCUUGUUGCGUUGGUCGACCAAUUAUAUUCCUCUGCUGAUACAGAACUUAUAAAGAGGUUGGCCAUGGUCCCUAUAUCGCCAGACUUUCCUUAUUACGAGGAAACAGGCAAAGCGUGUUUUUCCGUAUCCGCAAUCAGCCUUGAUGGUGCUGGUGGUGUAAUGAAUGCAUGCCCUAUCUGCGAUCCACCAUUUGAACUUGCAGGAAAGGUUGGACCUCGCAUUCUAGAGCAUAUGGCAUCGCAUAUUCUGCACGAUUUGAAUAUCAAUCGGGAAGACGAACCGUGUGGCCUAUGUCUUCGUCCUAGUCCACAAUGUCUCUUUUUCUUGAAGAAGGGUGCUAAUGGUAAUAUCAGGAUAAACAAGGAGGCGUCGACUGGGUGUCCUAACGCGAUCCAGUAUCAAUAUGGGCCUGCAGAAAGGUCUACGUCGUCUGCACCAUGUUCUAAUGUUCCAAUAUUCUGCCCUUUAUGCGACAAAACUGCUCCCGCGGUCUGGAGGUAUAAUCUACGAUAUCACAUUGUUAAAUCGCACCCAUCUGCAACGAUUAAUCGUUACUCACACUUCUGGCAGCUCACGAUGUUUGAAAAGAAGGAGAUGCGUCGCAUUUGGGAUACCUUCUCUAAUCCCUCAAAGCAACGGUCAAUGCCAGCAAAUACAAAGAAAAACAGACUUGUUAUAUCGGAUGCACAUACCACCCAAUCCGUUUCGCUUCAGGAUGCUGUAACUCUGUCAGAGAUUUAUGACUCUGACACUGAGCUGGAGCGUCAGCCAGCUCAAAAUCUGCCCAAUGACACAAAUCAAAGCACGAUAGAGUCUACUGAUCUCGAUACAGGAUACAACACAGCAUAUUCCAUGCUUGAGUUCAAGGAUUCCAAGGAUCCCAAGGACGAUUUGACAGAUAAUUCAAGUGCUACAGUCACGCACGAUGCUGAAAGUAUUAUUAAUGAGUCAUCAGAAACUAACAAAAGCGACGCUGUUAUUGUUUCAGACGUGAACACCAUCCUUUCCCAUGUCCCAAACAAUGAAUUGGCAUUGUUGGAUGCCUCGAACGAGCUCGAAAGUCACAUUGCAACGUUGGAUUCAGCAGCGAGCCUACCCGAUUCAACAGUGUCAUCUUUGAGACCCCACAGAAAAAGGACUCACUUUGAUGUUACAGACCUUUCCUACUGCGACUGUGGUGCCUCUGCGAAGCCAAAGGAUGAUGCUGAUGCAUUAAAUGUCGCACAAUGCAAAAGCCGAAACUGUCAGACCAUUUGGGUGAGCCUUUUAACAUUGACUUUUAUUGACUCGGAUAUUCAAUAA